AUGGGCGUUGAGAAGACCAUCCUGUCCCCCGGCAACGGUGUCGACUUCCCCAAGCAGGGAGACAACGUCGCCAUGCACUACACCGGCUGCCUGUAUGACGCCAGCGCCGCGGCCAACUACUACAUGGGCAAGAAGUUCGACAGCUCCCGCGACCGCGGCAGCCCUCUGACUUCCCCCAUCGGUGUCGGCCGUCUUAUUCGAGGCUGGGACGAGGGUGUCCCCCAGAUGAGCCUCGGCGAGAAGGCCAUCCUGGACAUCAGCUCUGACUUCGGCUACGGUGCUCGUGGCUUCCCCGAUCUGAUCCCCGAGAACUCCCGCCUGGUCUUUGAGGUGGAGCUCGUCGGCAUCAACAACAAGAAGGCUGCCUCUGCUUAG